GGUUUUCCACUACUAAGCAACUUUUAUGAACCCUUUCUUUCUUUCACCUUUGAGCCUCCUUAAACUGCGAAAUGGAACCUCCAAAGCACCAACACACGCCGGAGAAAUCCCCCUCCGAGCCUCCGUCCUCCGCUUAUCCUCCAUCUGGCUGCUGUACUAAGUGCGGCGGACCAACGAUUUCCGAACCGCCACCUCUAGCUUCACUACCGGAGAUGUCACCGCCACCGAACUAUCGCCCGAUCCGAGCUCCGGCGAUCAACCUUCCACACAACUCUCAAGCAAUCAUUCUCACCCCCGUUCCUCACGCCGAACAAGUCCCUGUCGUCUCUCCGCCAUAUCAAUUCGAAUGCCCCGUCAAGAGAAUCCACUCCCCCGACGAUAUCCGCCGUUUCCAGGAAUCAGCCUCCUUUAAGAACUUCCUAGGAUUCGUCGUUUCUCUAUCAGAAUCGAUCGCUGGACACAAAAUCUCAGAUCCUUGUCAUGUCUCGCCUACCGUUGCCGCCAUAGUUUCAAUCCUCGAGACCUUGUUGCAAUGGAUCGACGAGAUUCCUCCUGUUCAAAUGUCGUCUCGAUACGGUAACAUCUCGUUUAGGUCAUGGCACGAGCGGCUCGCUGAGAGAGGCGAAUCGCUUAUCCUUGAGUUUCUUCCCGAUGAGUUUAAAGGAUCUACGAUCGAGAUCGUUCCUUACUUCUUCGAUAGCUUUGGGAACGGAAGCAGAAUCGAUUACGGAACAGGACACGAGACGAAUUUCGCGGCGUGGCUGUAUUGCUUAGCGAGGAUGGGGAUCAUCAAGGAGGAAGAUUAUCACGGUGUGGUGGCUAGGGUUUUCGUCAAGUACCUUGAAUUGAUGCGAAAAUUGCAGAUGGUUUAUUGCUUAGAACCUGCUGGAUCUCAUGGAGUUUGGGGACUUGAUGAUUACCAUUUCUUGCCUUUCAUAUUUGGGAGCUCACAGUUGAUUGAUCACAAGUAUAUGAAACCGAAAUCGAUUCACAACGACGAUAUUCUGGAGAAUUUCUCUAGUGAGUACAUGUACUUGUCUUGUAUCGCGUAUGUGAAGAAGGUAAAGAAAGGUUUGUUCUUCGAGCACUCGCCGUUGCUCGAUGAUAUAAGCGGUACUGUAGCAGACUGGAAGAAGGUGAAUAGCGGUUUGCUCAAGAUGUACAAAAUGGAAGUGCUCGAGAAAGUCCCCAUUAUGCAGCAUUUCCUCUUUGGCUGGCUUAUCAAAUGGGAAGAGUGAUUUACUCUAGCGCAAUACAUCAAAGCAGGGACAGCGAUUUCUCUUCCUUGUGGUGGCUUAAUAGAGAGAGAUGUCUUUGCUUUUGAAUGUAUCUGAUACGUAAGGUUUAUUUUACGGUGUUCCUUGAGGUCGGUGGGAUAGUUUUUAUGCCGCGCUACGAUUAUGCUAGCUUCGUAUUGUAUCCUCUGCGUUUGAAACUUUACAAUUUCUUUUUGAUGAUUACCCUCUGGCUUUUACUUUUAAAA